CAACUCACCCUGCUCGCUCGCCCCUAGUAUUCCAGAAAUAUGGCUUUUGCUAUUUUAAUGUUUUUAUUACGUGAUAUGUUUGAAAUAUAUGCAGUCUGCUCCCUGUUAUGAUCGUAAGACUGUGUUGAAACCUGAAACAAUUGUUCAGCUCAUAUCGCCUAAGCCAUUUGUUUUGCAAGUUAUCUAGGGAUUGACCUUCACUGUCCUCGGGACAAAUCAACAGAUAAAGGGAUGAGGUUUUGUAAUCACAAUCUGUGCAAUUCACUUAAGACUUCGAGGGGGUGUGGCGGCUCGGUAGGUCCCAUGACUUGAGUUGAGGUAAACACCGCCCCACAGUUCAGAGCACAUUCACACUCCUCCGUUCGGACUAGAAGCAGAAGUCAGCUGACCGCAGCUCAACACAGCCAUGUACUGUCUGGUCAAAUUUGCGCCGCUGUUUUUGGCGGUAGCCGUCUGCAAUGGGUGGCUCUUCGGCGACUUUGUAGGAAAACUAAAAGAGCUGGAUGAAAUCUCUCUCUGGCCGCUACCGCAGAAAUUUCAGUCGUCCGCCGUCGCUUUUAAACUCAGCCCCGCCAGGUUUCAGAUCGUCCAAGCGAAACAGUCCUCCACCGGACCGAGCUGCAGCAUACUCGAGAAUGCGUUUCGCAGAUAUUUUGAAUACAUAUUUGGCGACCUGAAGAAGCCCGAGAAGAGCCGAAAGAAAGUGUAUGAUUCAGAUCUCGUGGAGCUUCAGGUAUGGGUAACAUCACCUGAUCCGGAGUGCGACGGUUUCCCGAGUCUGCAAACCGACGAGUCAUAUGAGCUGUCCGUUGAUGAACCCUCUGCUGUGCUGAAAGCUGCUAAUGUAUGGGGAGCUUUGCGAGGACUGGAAACAUUCAGCCAGCUGGUCUAUGAGGAUGACUAUGGAGUCAACAACAUCAAUAAGACAGACAUCUCAGAUUUCCCACGGUUUGCCCAUCGGGGGAUCCUCCUGGACUCGUCUCGCCACUUCCUGCCACUCAAAGUCAUUUUGGCCAAUUUGGAAGCUAUGGCGAUGAACAAGUUUAAUGUAUUUCACUGGCACAUUGUGGACGAUCAUUCGUUUCCUUACAUGAGCCGUACCUUCCCCGAGUUAAGUCAAAAGCGAAAGGGAGCCUAUCACCCAUUCACGCAUGUGUACACUCCAUCUGACGUGAAGAUGGUCAUCGAGUUCGCUCGUAUGAGGGGGAUCCGCGUCAUCCCUGAGUUUGACACCCCAGGACACACAGAGUCAUGGGGCAAUGGUCAGUUGUUAAGACCAUGCUUUCAUUCCACUUAUCGUUCCUGUAGGGAGUCCAAUCCUGAUAUUCAGAAGUUUAUGGUGCAGCAGGGCUUUGGCACAGACUACAGCAAACUGGAGUCUUUCUACAUUCAAAGGUUACUUGAUAUUGUGGCUGCUACCAAGAAAGGCUACAUGGUGUGGCAGGAAGUGUUUGAUAAUGGAGUGAAGCUGAAAGCCGACACACAGAUCCAUGUGUGGAAAGGCAGGCCGCAGUACCAGGAUGAGAUGGCGCAGGUCACGGCGGCUGGUUUCAAUGCUCUGCUCUCCACACCCUGGUACCUCAACCGCAUCAGCUACGGCCAAGACUGGGUGAACAUUUACAAAGCCGACCCCCAAAAUUUCACUGGCACAGAUGCACAGAAGAAGCUGGUGAUCGGUGGAGAGGCUUGUCUUUGGGGAGAGUAUGUGGAUGCUACCAACCUCACUCCUCGACUCUGGCCAAGAGCCAGUGCUGUCGCUGAGAGGUUAUGGAGUGAUAAAAGUGUGACCGAUGUGGAUAAUGCCUAUAAUCGUCUGGUCCAGCAUCGCUGCCGCAUGGUCAAGAGAGGCAUACCUGCAGAACCUCUAUUUGUUGGCCACUGCCGUCAGGAGUACAAGGGCCUAUGAACUUCAACAUUCAGCUGACAGACAAUUAAAGGGAAUAAUAGGACAACACUUUUUAAAAGAUAAAACCAUGUUAUUGAUUCCAGUAACUAUGCUUUGCUGUUGUAUGCACUGAGCCAGAUACUGCCAGAACUUGAUGUUUUUGAUUACUGGUUUUUAUUAUUAAAUGGACAGUUCUGUACAUCUGGAUUUUCUCUGUAGGCUUAAAUUGGAUUAAAUUGUAAUUAAUGUUCUUGUGAAUAAAUUGUAUGGAAUUUGAAGUUUUGAAAUAAGGUCUGCUUUUUAAUUAUUUCCCAAGGCUAGGUAUGUUGUAAGGGUUUUAUAAAUGAAAUACAUAUUUAA